CAAGUCUCUACUACUUUAUUUUUUUCUUCUCAGCCCUAUGUAAAAGACAGAUGUCCACCUUCCUGGUGGGACUUAAUUUGUCCCUGAAAAAGGCCAUUUUGUCAGAGGCUCAAACUGCUACGCUUCUGGUGGUUUUUAUAUAUAACAUAUAUAUAUAAUAUAUAUAUAUAUAAUAUAUAUAUACACAUACAUAUACACACACAGAUAUACACACAUUUUCUUAACUUUCUGGAACCAGUCAUAGAGGAUGGUGCUAAUUCACAUGAGAAAGAUGUCAAAAUGUGAUCCCACAUUGUAAAAGCCUAAUGUUGAAAAUAUUGGCAUGUUUGCUUCAUGGUGCAUCUGCCUGUGAAGGGCUGCUGGCCUUCCUGUUGCACAUUGCACAAUUUGGGCCAAGCUAUCAGGUUACCUUAUUUUUAAUUAUUUAAGAUAAAAGUAACCUGCAGCAAAAAUAUCUGGAGGAAAGUUCUUAUGAAGCAUUUCAUCUUUUGGUUGAAAGCCCAAACUGAUUUCUCUUUUAAGUUUUCAGGAGGAUUCAAGCUUUGAUAUCUAAAUAAUGAAUUUUCCUGAUCAAGACAUACUGGGCCAGGCUUUUGAAGAUGCGCUAGAAGUACUGCAGCAGCAAUCUGACAAAGAAAUGCAGUAUUCACAAGGUUAUAAAAAUUGCUUGACUGUGAUCAAUCAUCACUCUCAUCUCCGAGCAAGUCCCAGCUACUCUGCAGCACCAUCUACAGAAGACCCAGGAUAUAGCUGGAGAAAUAUGAUAAACAGUUCAGGGGAUUUUUAUGCAGAUGAGACUGUCUACCAUAUGCUGCAGAAUACUCCAGAAAGCCAAGUGAUGCAUGCUGCUGGUGGCCAGCCAAAAGCAGGGAAAGGUAGAAAAAAACUUCGUCUGUUUGAGUACCUCCAUGAGUCUCUGUAUGAUCCAGCUAUGGCAAACUGCAUUCAAUGGGUGGAUAAGCCCAAUGGUGUCUUCCAGUUUGUCUCCAAAAACAAGGAGAAACUUGCAGAGUUGUGGGGAGAAAGGAAGGGAAACCGCAAGAUCAUGACAUAUCAGAAGAUGGCCAGAGCACUGAGGAAUUAUGGAAGAACAGGUGAAAUAAUCAAAAUUCGAAGGAAGCUGACAUACCAGUUCAGUGCUGUUGUUUUACAGAGACUUGCUCCAGCCUAUUUCUUGGGAAAAGAAACUGUUUAUCAUCCAUACAUUCAGCCUAAUCAAGAAUAUCAGUGUGCAGACGACUGGAUUAACUACAACAGUUACAUGUAUAACAAUGGUUAUGCAUUACAGCAUGCUAACAGCUAGACACCUCUCUCAUAUAACCAGGUCUUUGUUAGCUUGCAAUACUUUCCAGUACAGGAACUCUUCUCUGCACAUAGCUUUUCCUAUAUGAUAUCAUACAAACAAAUGAAGAGGAGGGUUUUAAAAAUUAUCUUUACCUAGUUUUUUUUUUUUUUCCUUUUGAAGGUACUCAUAAAGAGCUAUUGACUAUUGAAGAAAAACAGCAGCUGUAGAGUAGCUUCUGUCCUGACAUUAAUGAAAGGAAUGCUUCAGAUUCAAGCUUGUAUAUCCAGAAUGGAGAUCAAGACUUUUGUCUGCUGUCUGGAUCAAAGAUCCCAUUCUGAUAACACUCACUGCCUUCAUUGGAAGCUCUGCGUAUAUCCCCAGCAUUUUCAAUCAGAAGUUAGAGUUAGGUGUGGUUGUAUACCGAGCACAUGCUCCCUAUCAGUUGAAUGCCUGUGAAUUAUACAGGGGAGAGAUUUGCCAACUGCAUGAAGCUACUGUCUGCUUUUUCAUCAAUGCUCUUUAUUAAGAGCUGAUUUCUGACUGAAUGCCUGGCUGAACUAUAGAGUCCACAUGAAGGUGCACCU